GAAAGAAAAGAGCGGAAUCGAAAAUUCUCCUUCUUUCAGGGUUUGUGUUUUGGCGCGUUGUUGUGCAUGAUUGGAGUUGUCUUUGAUACGAGCUCUUAAAACUUAGUGUGGCACCAAUGUGGCUUCACUGGAGUGAGAAACGUGUCUGUAUUUUGUAUUUCUGUGCAUGAGAUGGGAAUAUGUGACGGUUUUUGGAUUGUGAUCCACGGACCCCACCUUAGUAGACGACGUAAACGGUGGUUCUUAACAAUCGUUCACCUUGAGAGCUAGAUUCGACAAAAGCUGUAGGAUGGGGAGGAUCCUAGUGUUGUGGAAGGGUUCUUGAGUACCUAAGAAUCCUGUAGUUAGCCAUAGAAUUUUCAAAUUGAGCACACCUUCUCGGCCUUUGAGAUUAAUUGGCAAAAACAGUCUUCUAUAUUUUUUCUGUCACCCAAAGUCGGAUCACUGGUUAUGAUUUGUUAGCACUACAUGCAAACCCUGUUGAUCAGUGCUCAACAGAUAAUGGAUCCCAUCAGAGCAUCCCAAACAGUGUUCGAGACCCUGCAUUCAUCGCAACGCUUAACUUUCUGCAUUAGUCUAAAAAAUUGGUUAUCGUUUAGUGAGAAAGUGACCAGGUGUUUUAGGGAAGAAGCAAAACACAGAACGUUACAUUGUGUAGUGCGAUUGCUAGAUACUGUGUGGCGGAUUUCCAUGCUUCAGAGUGCAUCAUCGGCUCUCUGCAGACCCUUUCGUCGAUCGUUAGUCGUGGAGCAGAGUCUCCUCACUAGUGUGUUGUGUGAUCCAGUUUGAGUGGACACCAUCUCUUCUUGAUUCGACUAAUUCGACCUGAUGCAGUUCACUUAGAAACCGGUCAUUUAUUCUUAUCGUGGAUGCGACAGUAUUGAUAUUCUGAUGGUCCUUCCUUAUUCUGGUCUUUUAGGCUCGACAUCAAGCUCUACAAGCCUAGAAACGUUAGCUAGUGGCCAUUUCGUAUCCAGCAACACCCAUGGGAGUGCCUCUCUUGUGUAAUUUCGUUGUGUUUCGCCGUUUUUAUCUCAUAUUGGAGAAAUUGGGAGAUUAGAACAUUGGGUGUGUAUAUAGUUUGCGCAUUAAGGUUGAUACCUUCUUUUCCUUUUCACUCGGAGGCCAUGGAUAGUCUUUCUACGAAUGUUUCAGCAAAAUGUGGUUCAGUGUUACAUACGUCUUCCUCACUACAGUCAAUUGCUGUGUAUUUUCCUCCUCACAUUCCAUUCCAAUAAGUUUAAACAGUGUAAUGAGGUUUUACGUCGAGAGUCUCAUUAUGAUCUUGCGGAAUUUGCUGUUGGAUUUCUAUCUCGAACCACAGUGGAAAUCGCCUAGACAUAGAUUAUUUAGAUUUACGUGGGCUGCAGUAGGAUAACGAAUUCCUUCAGUCCCCACCGGCCUCGUCCUGAAAAUGUUCUGUCAUUUUUUAAGCAAGAUCGUAAUUAGAAUUUAUGCGCACAAUCGGACGUGUUCAAGGGCAACUUAAGUGUACCAGAGAUUCAGCUAUGGUACAUGCAGUUUGUUGAUUUCUAGUCAUUCCUAAGACAGAUUCAUGCAGGGCAGAUAUAUAGAUUCAUUGCUAUGAUGUCCAUAGUUUCACAACUGACCAUCUUGAUUGAGAGCUAGCCAAUCCCCAGAACCCUUUGAAAACCGUGAGAGAGGCUCAGAUUUAUCAGAAUUCCACAACUAGCGCUCUUGCAGUUUCAUCGAAAACUAUCUUUCGAUGUCGUCAAAUUCCUGGUUGGAGAAAUUGACUCUGAGGUGGCUAACAUGCUUGAUCUUCACAGUCCUGGCGACGAUGCUUGCUAUUGCCAAGUCAUAAUGAUCUAGGUACAGAAGGAUUCAAAUAAGAUACUUUUGGUCGACUUAAGAAAUGGAGAGGUCAUCUGAGAAGGAGAGUUCAAGACGGAGUUGGCCCUGGAAAAGGAAGUCGAACGACAAAACAUUAGUUCCUCAGGACUUAGGACCCUCUCCAGUACCAUCUAAAUCUUUUGAUAAUCACCAGAUAUGGGAGUACCAGCAGCAAGACGUCCUUAGUCAUCAACGGCAACUGUCUCCUAUGAAAGCUAGAAGUCUGCAGGAUCGCAACCGAAUAGCUAUUGAUGAAACCAGAGGCCAGUGGCUGGAAUCAGAAGAAAGAGCAAAAGUACUAUCCGAGAAGCUAUCCAAUGCGCUAGCAGACAUUACCUCAAAAGAUAAUCUUGUCAAGCAACAUGUCAAAGUUGCUGAAGAAGCCGUCUCUGGUUGGGAGAAGGCCGAAGCAGAAGCUGUAACAUUAAAAGCACAGCUAGAUGUCGCACUUCACCAGAAACUUGCGUCAGAGGAUCGUGUAGCACACUUGGAUGGUGCCUUGAAGGAGUGCAUGAAGCAGCUGAGGCAAAUGCGGGAGGACAAUGAACAACAUAUGCACGACACUUUGUUAAAGAAAACACGAGAAUUUGACAAACUUCGAUUUGACAUGGAAGCUAAGCUGGCGGAUUCUUCUCAAUGCUUGGCUCAGUCCCGAUCAGAGCUCCUGGAAUCAAGAGCUGAAGUGGCCGCGCUUGGAAAGGCCUUACAGGAGCGUUCUCGCAGCAUUGUGGAGAUCAAUGAAGCUAAAGGGAAAGCUGAAACUGAGAUAAAAGUACUCCAGGUAAGGUUGGAGACACUCGAAAAAGAAAACUCACAACUUAAGUAUGAGGUACAUGUGCUCAACAAAGAGCUUGAUAUUCGAAGCCAGGAGCGGGAAUAUGAGCGUAAGGCAGUGGAUAUGGCGUCCAAGCAACACCUUGAAAGUGUGAAGAAGAUUGCCAAGCUUGAGGAAGAGUGCAAUCGCCUUCGACUCUUAGUCCGCAAAAAGCUUCCAGGUCCAGCUGCGAUUCAAAGAAUGAGAAUGGAAGUGGAGGGUGUAUCUAAAGAUCAAGGUGAUAGGAGACGAAGGUCGAUGAGCCGUUCUGGUAGCCAAUUAGACCUUUCUGCUGCGACCGACGGCAUGCAGGAAAAUGGACAUGAUGGUCGCACGCAUGAAGCCCAGAUGUUAGCUGAGCGAGUGGUGGCCAUGGACGAGGAGAUGAAGAUGCUAAAGGAAGCCCUUGCACAGAGGACUGCAGAGGCUCAAUCUGCCCGUUUCAUGUGCUCCAAAACCUCAGCCCAUCUCUCAACUGUGGAGGAAGAACUCAAAAGGGCUAAACAGCAAAACGACGCAUCGAGCAAGCAAUCCACUAACUUCAACCCGGAGUUUAUAGGCAGGAAGGGUGGUUCAUCGCUUGGCAAGUCUGAUAAUAGAAGAGAGUCUCAGAACUUUGAACUUAUGGAUGAUUUUGCGGAGAUGGAACGUCUUGCCAUGAGCGUUACCUUGACUGAACCCCUGAGCAGCGUCCCCACACCUAAAACUCUACAGGACUUGGAAGAGGCCUUGGCAUCGAAGACUCGGGAGCUGGAGUCGAAGUUUCAAGACUGUCGAGUGGCCGACCAAAUGUGCCAGGAUCUCAGGCUGAAGCUAAAGGAUGCUGAAAAACAGCUCAAUGCACUUCGAUCCCACAAUGCAAGCAAUGAAUCCUCAGUAGUGAAUUUGCAGGAAGAGCUAGAUCUGUUAUCUCAAUGCGAACGCGGAAAAAGUGGAAGGCAUAGUCCAGCUCCAGCUAAAGGACUCUCAGGAUAUACCUUGAAAGACAUUCUGGUGAGGGCUAAGACAAAGGAAAAUGGAAAAACAACUUCUGAAGCUAGCUCUUCAGAAGGGAUGAUGAACGACGAGCAAGUCUCUAUUUCAGAUGCUGAGUCGAAGGCAAGCACUGCUCACUUGGAGCUUUCGGUGGCAGUGCGAAAAAUUGUACAUGCUGUGGAAAUGCUUGUUCAGGCAACUGGGUGCGAUAACAAUCCAUCCUACAAGGAUAUGUCUAAUUCUGCAACCAACGAAAUAUCACUUCAACUAGAUUGGCAAAAUCGUGAGUUGAAUUCCAUCAUGCGCAAUCUAGCGCAUGCAAGUAAUACAUUUUUACAGGGGAAGUCCGACUUUGUUGAUUUUGUGGUGGAGUUGGCGGCAGUCCUGGAUUAUGUUUUGACCCUUAGGCCUUUUGGAAGCUCUGCUUGGGAGAAAGUUGAAAGCUCGCGAGAAUCGGUUAGCAAGGAUCUGAAGUUCAUGCGAGAACAGUGUGCAAAUUUCGAUGCGGAACUUGAUCGUCUAAGAUCAGAAAAAGCUGACAUUGCUUCCCAGUUGGAGAAGGCAGUUGAACAACUUCAAUUUUUCAGGACGGAACAUCAGGACGGCAAACCGAUGAUGACACAUGGAGUUUCACAAACUCAGUAUGGUGACGAUUCCCCAAUUGCUAAAUGUCGGAAGGAGGAGGACACAAGUGAAGAAGAGUUCUUGGUCCUGUCAUCUCCGAACCCUGCACUCCGAGCUGCAAGUGGAGAGCUCACGAGGUUAAGGGAUAGAGUGGCUGAAUUGGAGAAGGAGCUACAGGGUGAACGACAGCGACACCAAGGGGUGGCUGCCAAGCUAGGAGACCUACAAAGUCCGGUGCUAAGGGCUGAUAAUGUCGCCGUUAGUGGUGAAAUGUCCCCCGGGUCACACGGAGACUUAUCGGGUCAUUCGACUUCUGAAGAAGAUGAAGAUGACAACUCUGAGAAGAAAAUUAAUAGUAUUUCCAUUAACCGUGAGCGACAAGAGCGAGAGAUCCAAGCAGCAGCACUAGCUGAGUGCCAGAGAACCAUUCUUGCUCUGGGAAAGCAGCUUAAGAGCUUGGGGACAGUUUCCCAGGGCCAGGAAGAAAGAGAGAUCUCUCCCAACUCCACAAAUUCUUCCACAUCCAUCGAAAAAAUGACUGAAAACAUGGAACUUCUAAGGUGGCAGACGGAAGCAGUGCCGGACGUCGUUGAAAAUCUUUCCACCAACCCAGCUAGCACUUAUCAACUUACCACGGUUGGCCAACGGGAGCCUGGAAACCAGUGGGUCAGCCCCAGCCCAUGUCGAGCUCAACGCAGUCCAAGCCCUGCUGCAGCUCGACGACUUCCUUCUACUAACGUAACAUACUCAUCGACACAAAACGACUCCAGCUUCUACAGUCGUGGAGAGGGCGGACACACAACUCCUAGAGCUCCCUCGCCGGCUCGGUCAGAGUUGAAUCUGCCAAGACCAGGCUCUGUGCCAGCCUCCCCUUCCCGAUCUCCUGCAACAACUCCUUGGUCCUUGAGAUCUCGAACCAAGGAGGCACAGGGCGACGCUCAACUAGAGGAUGUUCCAGUGGAGAAGCCACGAAGUAGCUCCACCUUCAGUCGAUUUUACUCAAGGACCAGAAGUGGAAGUAUAAGCGGAUCAAUUGGAUAACCUGCCACAAUCCAGCAGAAUUCUCAACAUAAAGAUUCACACUCUCUGAUCAACAACGUUCAUGGCUCAAGAGCUGAGAACUGCAGGCAGAUGUUCGCAUUCGAUCACGAGGUACCAACAGUCGCACAUUGAUUGAAUCACAGGACAGAAUGAAUGACUGCAAUCUUCGGAUUGCACACAACAGUUUGUCUAAUUGUAAAGUCUUUACAGUUCUAGUUUAGUCUGAGUGGAAGUUGAUAGUAGCAUCUGGAAUACCUCUACACUUCGACAUUCCAUGGCGUUGCACUAGAUUUUUGCGCUUGCGCUCAGCCUCUGCAAACUUAUGCUGAAACAGGCUGCACUUCAAGGAACUUUUUCUUGUGCUGUAGCUAGCAGGUAAUUCCAUUUGGUAGUGUGCCAGCCCAACUUAGGUGUUUUCUAAAAUGAACACAUAAUAUGGUUAUCAUUUUCUGAUAGUUUUUUUUUUCUUCUAAAGUCCUCUUUGAAACUUCGAAAAUUUCAACUACCAGUUUCGAACAGUAUGUGAAUUAGCAAUGGUGUUGGCAAUAGGUCAUUGCAUUAAACACCGGAAACUUUUGAUAUCCAGUACCUAGUAAUUUAAAAUCCAAAUGCAGAUCAAUAAAAUAUUUCUCUGUGUUCAUGCA